AGACGGUUUAACGCUGCAUUAGAAGCUUCCUCCCCCUCUCAUUGUAUAAAAUAUACUUUCACUUUUGCUUGCAUGCAGAGAGAAUCACAAAAUGCCUGCUUCCAGGAACCCCUAUACGGCUCGUGAAGUCUCCACUGGGACUACAAUUAUUGCUGUGGAGUUUGAUGGAGGAGUCGUGUUGGGCUCAGAUUCUCGGGUAUCUGCAGGUGAUGCUGUGGUAAAUCGAGUGUUUAACAAACUUGCUCCAGUUCACCAGAGGAUAUACUGCGCCCUGUCAGGCUCCGCAGCAGAUGCACAGGCUGUUGCUGACAUGGCUCAUUAUCACAUGGAGGUGCACAGUAUAGAAAUGGAGGCUCCUCCUUUAGUUCUGGCUGCUGCCAAUCUCAUUAAAGGAAUAAGCUACAAGUACAAGGAGGAGAUAAUGGCACAUCUCAUUGUGGCAGGAUGGGAUAGGAAGCAUGGAGGCCAGGUUUAUGGAACUCUUGGGGGAAUGAUAAUACGACAGCCAUUCACAAUUGGUGGGUCCGGCAGUUCAUAUAUUUAUGGUUUUGUGGACUCUAAAUUCAAGCCUGGGAUGUCUAGAGAAGAAUGUGAAAGAUUUGCCGUUCAAGCUCUGUCCCUGGCAAUGGAAAGAGAUGGCUCAAGUGGGGGAGUAAUAUACUUAGUAACCGUGACCAAGGAAGGAACCAAGGACAGCAUCAUAUCUGGAGAUAGCAUCCCUCGUUUUUAUAAUCUGUAACAUUGUGUGUAGGAAUCAAUUAAUCACUGCUACUAAUUCAAUAAACAUUUCUCUCU